GCAAUGGAAAUAUUAGAGAUUGAUUACCAUACUAAUUACUUUGAAAGGUCCAGAAUGAUACAAACACGAAGGAUGAAGCUGCAAGUUGGAAUCUGAGGAAUGGCUUUCGUUUUCGUCCCGCUGUACGUGCACGCGAUCACGUGGGCGACGGCAAGUCUGCUGCUGUUAUGGCUGUGGACGUCGCACGUCUACGGCUACUGGACGGCGAGGGGCGUGCCGAGCCCGAGGCCCGCGCCGCUGUUCGGGAACAUCAGGGACAUCGUCCUGCGGCGCGAGUACACGGGCAAAGUCUUCCAGCGGCUGUACCGCGCCCUCGGCGACCACGGGCUCGGGGGAGUGUACCUGCUGUUCCAGCCGGCGCUGCUCGUCAGGGACCCGGAGCUCGUCAAGACGUUCCUCGUGAAGGACUUCGAGCACUUCCACGACCGGGGGUUCAAGGUGGACGAGCGCGCGAGCCCGCUGAGCGCGCACCUCAUCAGCCUGGCCGGGCCGCGGUGGAGGCGCCUCAGGGCGGAGCUCACCCCCACCUUCACCUCCGGCAAGAUGAGGCUCAUGUUCGGCGCCGUGGCCGAGUGCGCCGGCGAGAUGGCGCGCCGGCUGGCGGGCGUGUCCGGGCGCGCGGGAGGCGUCGACGUCAAAGAGGUCGCGGCCCAGUUCACCACCGACGUCAUCGGCUCGUGCGCCUUCGGGCUGCGCGUCCACUCCAUGGACCGCCCGGACUGCAAGUUCAGGAAGCUGGGCCGCAAGGUGUUCGCGCCGUCUCUCCGCAUGUACCUCCGGAUAUUCACCAUGAUGUGCCUGCCUUCGUGGAUGCAAUUCCUGCUCGUCGUUUUCAAAGAUCGGGAGACGGAAAGUUUCUUCAUGGACUUGGUGAGGGACACGGUAAAAUACCGCGAAGAAAACCACGUAGUGAGGAAUGACUUUCUGCAGUUGCUCAUACAACUGAAGAACAGAAAGCAAGUUGCAAAUGGCCAGUCUAUGAACUCAGUGGAUGCAAAGGAAACUAAAAACGGAUAUGGUGUUAAAAAUCACCAAACACCAGAUUUCGAACUUACAGAAAACCUGAUGGCCGCCCAGUGCUUUGUGUUCUUCAUGGCUGGGUUCGAGACUUCUUCCACGACGAUGGGCUUCUGUCUGCACGAGCUCGCUGUGAACCCCGACGUGCAGAAGAGGCUGAGGAACGAGGUGGACGAUGCUCUUGAGCGCCACGGAGGCGAACUCUCGUACGAGGCAGUGCAGAGCAUGAGCUACAUGGACCUGGUGGUCAGCGAAACGCUGCGCAAAUAUCCACCAAUACCAAUGUUGGAUAGAGAAUGCACCAAAGCGUACACUGUUCCUGGUACCAAUGUUCACCUGGAAGAAGGUAUCAAAGUAAAAAUUCCAGUGUAUGCAAUUCACCACGACCCUAAAUACUACCCGGAACCAGACAAGUUUGAUCCAGAGAGAUUUACAGAAGAAAAUAGGAGAAAGAUACCGCCGUUUGCUUACCUGCCGUUUGGAGAAGGACCCAGAAUGUGCAUAGGCAUGCGGUUCGGACUGAUGCAGGCUAAAGUGGGUCUGGCGGCUCUGCUGUCCAAAUUCGAGUUCUGCAAAUGUCCCAAGACGCAAAUUCCUUUGGAGAUGGACGCCGUUACGAUAGUGACUUCUCCGAAGGGAGGAGUUUGGCUGAAAAUAAUUGACAGGCCGAAAAUAAACCAAUUAUGAGUUCUUUGCUUCAGUUUAUCAAAUUUUUCCUUCACUGAACUGUCUUUGCUGAGGGGAGUGAUUGAAAUAAAAUAUAUCACGCACUUAAAUUAAAUAUCACUAUGCUGUAAAUUUGUAAUAAGACAGAAAUAAUUUUAAAAUAAUCAUAACAUUUACACUGA